AUGGCCACCGCCAGCAUCCGGGGCAAGGGCGUGGACGAGGCGGGCCCGCCGCGGCCUCCAUCUCCGCCGGCGUCGCAGCAGGGGCACUCGAGCUCGCCGGGCCCGUGGCGCCCCACAAGCCCGCGCAAGUCCUUCUUCCCGCGCCCCGAGCCCGUCAGCAGGGUCCCCGGCUUCGAGGAGCGGCGCGCAAGGAAGCUGGCGGGGAUGGAGACGGGCGCGCGGAUGGUGAAGGCUCUCGUGAAGUCGGAACCGCGGCCAGAGGCCGUUCUGGUGCCAGAGGCGCACCUCGUCAAGGCGGUCUGCUCUGUCGAGCUGACGUGCCACGAGGGGAAGGCGACCCUCUCACCGCCCCCAGUGCUCCACCUCGGCCUGCCCCGGCAGGCCCUCAGGAGCUACGUGGGCCACGUCGCGAAGGUCGUCGCCAGGGCCAGCGAGGACGCCCCCAGGAUCCGGCCCGACGCCUCGGUACGGGAGGCCGAGGCGGCCUUGAGGGAGGUGCACAGGGUCCACCAGCUCAGACUGGAGAGGUACCGAGACUGGCUCGCGGAGACCGCCUGCUGGGCUGGCGUGCCAGAGGCCUGGCGCGCCAGGCGGGACCUCGCCGCGGCGGACCCCGCGGACGCGAGGGCGACCUCCGAGGCCUGGCACGGCGCGCUGCGGGACCUCGCGCAGGCGGACGGGGGCGAGGUGUGGCUGCGCGACGACGACCUCGCCGAGGCCAUCAUGGACAAUGUCACCAGCGACGCCAAGAUCAUAGCUCUCAUGGACUGCUGCCACUCGGGCACCGUCAUGGAUUUCAGCAGUCCGCGGUGGGCCCAGGAGGGCUUCAAGGCCAUCUCCAUCAGCGGCUGCGAGGACAACCAGACCUCGGCAGGCACCGGCAAGGGCGGCAUGUUCUCGCGGCCGGAGCAGCGCCCGCCGAGGGGCCCCCUCGCUGCGAUGCUGCGCCUCGCGGCGGCGGGCGCGUGCCUCGUGCUGGGCGCCUCGGGGAAGGCCGACGGCACCUGCGGCUACGAGUGCACCAGCGACUCGGAGUGCGGAGGGUGCGGGCGGGCGGGCAAGUGCAGCUGCCCCGACGGCCAGAACUGGUCCUUCCCCCAGAUCAGCUGCUCGUGCGUGUCGGCCCCAGACGGCGCCCCGAGCUCGAGCUCGGUCGGCGCCAGCGUGGAGGACACCAGGUGGCCCCUGCAGUGGACCGCGAGGGUGGAGGGGUGGGUCUACGGAGACUUCUCUCACAAGGCCUCCCCCGCCCUCGGCAGGUUCCACUACGAUGCGGUGCUGGGGAGGACCCGCGGGGACUGGACCCCGUACACUAACGGGAAAGACUGCACGCAGAUUUGGAUUGCAGACACGUCUGGUCAGAAGAAGUCCCAGUACUACGUGAAGGCGGGGCCGCUGUGCCUGACCUUCCCGAUCAGCGACAAAGGGGCUGGCGGCAUGGCUGUGGGCGUGGAGAGGCCUGACUGGGUGAAGACCUGCAGCGAUGCUGGUUAUGCAAAGUACGUGGGCCGCGAGCAGGUCAACUUUGAAGGAAAAGACGUCUGGGCGGACCACUGGUCUUGCCAUGUGGACUACGCGGCCAUGAACCAGUCAAUCGUGUUCCAGAACUGGCACUCCCUGGGGCUGGACGGGGUGCCGAAGGGGCUCCCUUUGCGUGUCACGGGCGGCAACUCGGCACCAAGCCCUACGAAGGGCUCCCCUCGCUUGAGCACAGUGUGGUAUACCGAUUUCAAGACGGGUGCUGGUGUGACAAAGCCAGAGGACUUCGAGAAGCCAUCGUGGUUCUGCAUCCCAGUCGGCCUGGAGGAAGCCGAGUCUUUCUUCGGACAUCCCGUGACGCGGGAUCACGUGCAGUCUCCAGACUUCCAGAAGCGCGCGCACUUCUUGCCCCACGCAAAACCGGGCGCCAGGGACCUCGCCCGUGCCAGGCGGCCGAAGCCUGGCCUCCCCUUCCUCGGCGAGUCGUUCGGCCAUGCGAUGCGUAAGCUGAACAGCCUGCUGACGAAAGAGGAGGGCCUCCGGGUGCGGCCUUGCCGGGAGUUCUCGCUGGAGGAGGUGCACGAGGCCCAGCGGCUCCUCUUCCACGCGCGCAGCGCGGAGCUGCACGGCGUCUACCACCAGGCCAACGACACGCGCCGCAUGGCCCACUCCAGCCUCUCCCAGCUCGACGCCGAACAUGGGGAGCACGCCCUCAUCGCAGCAGAAAUGCCCGAGCUCGCGGCCAAGCUGCGUGACGGUGCCUGCCACGAGGCGGUCAUGUGGUAUGUCCACCACCUCUCCGCCGAGGCGCGGGGCGAGGUGCAGCGCCUGCUGACGCUCCCGCUGCUGCCGGAGGUGAUGCACGACGCGCCGCGCCCGCUGGCGGCGGCGCCGCGCGGCGAGCAGCUCACACAGAAGGUGCACAGCCGCUACACGGAGCAGGUGAGCUGCGCCGUGUGCCACGUGGCCCCCGCGAGCAGCGGGAACUCGGAGCUCGUCGUCUGA